AUGAGUGAAAAACUGAAUGACUGCUUGAUCCAGAACCAAGCUUCCAUGGGGGAGAUGGUUACUAUCAAGACAGAGCCCUGCUCACCAUACCAGGAAGAAGAAUAUGGACAGCUUUGCUCAGGAAAGGUUGAUUCCCAGUCUGUGGACAUGGAGCCCAAGAAAAUGAAAGGAAAGCAGGAUUUGAUGAUGUCCAAGAGCUUUCAGCAAGUAGAUUUUUGGUUCUGUGAAUCCUGCCAGGAGUACUUUGUAGAUGAAUGUCCAAACCAUGGUCCACCUGUGUUCGUAUCAGAUGCUCCAGUACCCAUUGGCAUCCCUGACCGAGCUGCAAUGACUGUCCCUCCCGGCAUGGAAGUUGUGAAAGAACCCAAUGGGGAGCGGGAUGUGCGCUGUGUGAAUGAGGUUAUCCCCAAAGGUCGUAUCUUUGGCCCAUACGAAGGAAAACUCUCCAGUCAGGACAAGUCAGCAGGAUUCUUCUCUUGGCUGAUUGUUGAUAAGAACAACCGCUAUAAAUCCAUAGAUGGGACAGAUGAAACUACAUCAAACUGGAUGAGGUAUGUGGCCAUAUCUCGAGAGGAGAGAGAACAGAACCUGAUGGCAUUCCAGCACAGUGAGAGGAUUUACUUCCGAACUUGCCGGGACAUCCGGCCAGGAGAGAGGCUGAGAGUCUGGUACAGCGAGGAUUACAUGAAGAGAUUGCACAGCAUGUCUCAGGAGACCAUCAACAGAAACCUCACAAGAGGAGAUAAAAAAUUACUAAGGGAAAGAUCAGACAGGAAUAUUGAAAAUCAAGAGGAUGUGAGCUAUCCCCUUGAACUCACCAUGGCAAAGCAAGGGAAGAGCUCUUACAAACGCAGCUUUGAAGAAGGAGCACCUCCUCCCCAAACGAAGAAAAAGAAAAUAGACCUCAUUUUCAAAGAUGUCCUAGAGGCUUCUCUGGAAUCAACAAAGCCGGAAGAGCACAAGUUUACAAAAAAUUCCACUCCUUCCACAAGGAAGUCCUCUAGACUCCAAACUCAAGAUGUCUCAGAAAGUAGUGGACCUGGUAUCCAGCAUAGCUCUCCACAUCUCAGAAGCAAAAAUGAGGGUGAGUGGAAGGUUCCCCAGGGCUCCUCUUUCACCAUGUCCAAAGAAAUUGGACUGCUGGAAGAUGAAGGUGAAGAACCCUUGUCAUUUAAAGUGAACAGCCCUACUGAUCUGUCUCUGACACCAGCUCAAGAAGAUACCCUUGAUAUCCCAACAACUUCAUUGUGUCCCAAUUGCAUACGACUUAAGAAGAAAAUUCGUGAGUUGCAGGCUGAACUAAAUAUGCUAAGAUCUGGCAAGUUAGCUGAGCCAUCUCUACUACCUCCUCAGGUACCUGAGUACCAAGCAUUUUCAUACCCCUCAGCUUCAGAAAGCAUCAUGUCCAUUCCCGCUAUCAUGGAAGAUGAUGACCAGGAGGUAGAUUCCGCAGAUGAAUCAGUCUCAAAUGAUAUGAUAACAGCUACAGACGAACCCUCCAAGAUGUCUGCUGUCACUAGGAGGAUUCGCCGCUUCAAGCAAGAAUGGCUAAAGAAAUUUUGGUUUCUGCGGUACUCCCCUACACUGAAUGAAAUGUGGUGCCAUGUCUGCCGGCAGUAUACAGUGCAAUCUUCUCGGACUUCAGCCUUCAUCAUUGGCUCUAAGCAAUUUAAGAUACACACUAUAAAACUUCACAGCCAGAGCAACCUCCACAAAAAGUGCCUGCAGCUCUACAGGCUCAGGAUGCACCCAGAGAAGACAGAAGAGAUGUGCCGAAAUAUGACAUUACUCUUCAACACAGCCUACCAUUUAGCUAUGGAAGGCCGGCCCUAUUGUGAUUUUAGGCCUCUUGCAGAACUACUGAGGAAAUGUGAACUCAAAGUGGUGGAUCAGUACAUGAAUGAGGGAGACUGUCAAAUCUUAAUUCACCAUAUUGCUCGAGCUCUUAGAGAAGAUCUAGUUGAGCGGAUCAGGCAGUCUCCCUUUCUCAGUAUCAUUUUAGAUGGGCAGAGUGACGACUUGCUGGCUGACACAGUUGCAGUUUAUGUACAGUAUAUCAGCAGUGAUGGGCCUCCAGCCACUGAAUUUCUCUCUCUCCAAGAGCUAGGCUUUUCUACAGCAGAUAGUUACAUCCAGGCAUUAGACAGGGCUUUUUCCUCCCUGGGAAUAAGGCUGCAGGAUGAAAAGCCGUCUGUGGGUCUGGGGGUGGAUGGUGCUAAUAUUACUGCCAGCCUUAGAGCCAACAUGUACAUGACAAUCAGAAAGACUCUGCCUUGGUUGCUCUGCCUACCCCUUAUGGUACACAAGCCACACUUGGAAAUCUUGGAUGCAAUCAGUGGGAAAGAGCUUCCUUGCCUAGAGGAACUAGAGAACAACUUGAAACAGUUACUCAGCUUCUAUCGCUAUUCCCCCAGGCUGAUGUGUGAGCUGAGGGUCACUGCUGCUACCCUCUGUGAAGAGACUGAGUUCCUGGGAGACAUUAGAGCAGUCAAGUGGAUCAUUGGGGAGCAAAAUGUCCUCAAUGCUCUGAUAAAGGAUUACCUGGAAGUGGUGGCCCAUCUCAAAGAUGUCAGUGGUCAGACGCAAAGGGCAGAUGCAUCUGCCAUUGCCUUGGCUCUCCUGCAGUUUCUUAUGGACUACCAAUCAAUUAAGCUGAUAUAUUUUUUGCUGGAUGUAAUUGCUGUGCUUUCACGCCUUGCCUUUGUCUUCCAAGGUGAAUACCUCCUUGUCUCUCAAGUGGACGACAAAAUAGAGGAGGCCAUCCAAGAGGUCAGCAGGCUGGCAGAUUCUCCGGGUGAAUAUCUACAGGAAUUCGAGGAAAACUUCCGUGAAAGCUUUAAUGGGGUUGCUGUGAAAAACCUACGAGUGGCUGAAGCCAAGUUCCAGUCAAUUCGAGAAAAAAUAUGCCAGAAGACCCAGGUGAUUCUAGCGCAAAGGUUCGAGCCCCGCAGCCGGGCGUUUGUGAAAGCAUGCCAGGUAUUUGACCUUGCAGCUUGGCCAAGGAGUGCAGAGGAACUCAUGAGCUAUGGCAGGGAGGAUAUGGUGCAAAUAUUUGAACAUCUGGAAUCAGUGCCGACCUUUUCCACAGAAGUCAGCAGAGAAGGUAUGGACACCAGAGGGAGUUUGCUCAUGGAAUGGAGAGAACUCAAGGUGGAUUAUUAUACCAAAAAUGGUUUUAAAGAUUUAAUCAGUCAUAUUUGUAAAUAUAGGCAGAGAUUUCCACUUUUAAAUAAAAUAAUCCAGAUCCUCAAAGUCCUUCCCACCUCUACAGCCUGUUGUGAAAAGGGCCGCAGUGCCCUUCAGAGAGUACGCAAAAAUAAUCGUUCUCGACUCACUCUGGAGCAACUCAGUGAUCUUCUGACAAUUGCUGUUAAUGGACCACCCAUUGCCAACUUCGAGGCCAAGAGGGCACUAGAUAGUUGGUUUGAGGAGAAAUCUAGCAAUAGUUAUGCACUGUCUGCAGAAAUGUUGAGCAGGAUGUCCUCCCUGGAUCAGAAACCAGUGCUGCAGAGCAUGGACCACGGAUCGGAAUUUUACCCUGAUAUUUAGCAAGGAAUGCCUCUUGUUUA